UUCUUCUUCACCUACAACCCGCGACCACCACCAGGGUACUGGAAAAUUAUAAUGUCUGGUAGUAGCUAUCAUAGGUUCGUUGAACUUCUGAAACUCUGGCCUGUCGAUAAAACCAAAAUUGGAGGCAGAGACCUAGGGGAGUACAUCCAGCAUCGCAUUUCUAAAACAUUUGUUCAAGGUGUGGCAACAUCAGUGGAUGAAGAAAAGUGUAGUGCUAUUGUGUCAAGCCUCACAAGACUUGCCAAAGACACUCACAAGAACAAGUUCCCUCGUACUCGGGAGAGUUCUGCGCUUGGUUUGACAAAAGAAGAAUGUUCUGGGCUUCUGUCAAAUGAGUUCCUAGCUCUUUUACAUGAUAGAGAGAAACCUUUCUUUAAUAGGUUUUCUAACUUUCCAAAUAAGAAAACCUGAGUAUCUUUAGAUUUUUUUUUU